AUGCCUUCGCUCGCUCCUACAGUGAAGCUCAACGACGGCAGGAGCAUGCCGGCUUUCGGGCUCGGCACCUGGCAGGCAACUCCAGAACAAGUCGGGGAGGCAGUUAAACACGCAAUUGAUGUCGGUUAUUGCCAUAUCGACACUGCAGCUGCAUACCACAAUGAAUCAGGUGUGGGUGACGCACUGCAGGAGAAAUUUAAGGAAGGGACAGUCAAGCGAGAAGAUGUGUUCGUUACUAGCAAGUUGUUGAACACCUGUCAUAGCCCAGAAUUGGUUGUGCCAGCCUGCAAGAAGACAUUAAGAGAUCUUAAGCUAGAUUAUAUUGACCUCUAUCUUGUGCACCGGCCAUUUUCAUACAGGGAAGGGGAUGACAUUUAUCCCUUAGAGAAUGGUACUGCAGUGACUACUGACAUUGAUUAUUUGGACACGUGGAAGCAAAUGGAAGAGUGUGUAAAUUUAGGUCUAGCAAAAAGCAUUGGUGUCUCCAACUUCAAUAGUAAGCAGCUCAGCAGAUUAAUUGAAGCAGCUACCAUUAAGCCAGUUAUAAAUCAGAUUGAAUGCCAUCCUUAUCUUAACCAGAAGAAACUAAUUCAUUUCUGCAAGGAAAUGGACAUAACAGUAACUGCCUACUGUCCACUUGCAAAUCCAUCUAUGAUAAUGCCAGGAGGGGAAGUGCCAACAUUGAAUAACCCAAAGCUGAAGUUACUUGCUGCCAAGUACAAGAAGACAGUUGCUCAAGUUGUUCUUAGAUAUGUGGUAUGA